CUCGAGCUUCACGACUUUACAUCCACAGCAGCGUCGCUCAGACCUCGCGAUAGAAGAGAAAGAUUGCCAUUAUAAUGCUACGCUGAAAUAUCGCACGGUAUACAACGAAAUUCUGAUCCGGCUCGACGAACGUCCUACCCCGCCUCGCGCAUCACAUCCACCAUGGCCGCACGUCGCGCGUUUGCGUUCACGAGGUUUUGCAAGACUUCACAGUACCUACAGAUACGCUCCUACACGUCUUCUCAUGUACGACUAUAUAAGGACCCCGCCGAGGAAAAGUCCGCACGCAAGAACGGGGGUAUACAUCCCGACGAACUCGAAGAGCUUCUAGCAAAGCCCACCUGGUCCGUCGAGUCUCUACGACCACCGAAGACGCGUGCUCCCGACGCUCCUCGGAUUACCUCUCAACAACUACAUCACCUGCUACGCCUAUCAGCCCUCCCACCACCAGAAACGGCCGAACAAGAACAGAAGAUGCUAGAUACACUAGCAGCGCAAUUGCACUUUGUGGGCAAGAUACAGGAGGUGGAUACAACGGGUGUGAAGCCAUUACGGGCUAUACGGGAUGAGACGAUGGCUGCAGAAGAAGAGCAGACGAUUACGUUGGAGACACUCAAAGACGCCCUGGGUAAAGAGAAGGUUAUAGGACAGCAUCACAAGCGGCUGCAACGGGAUACUACGCCUGCAGAUGCGGAAGAUGUCGAGGACUGGGAUGUUCUGGGCUCGGCGGAACGAAAGUCUGGCAAAUACUUCGUUGUAGAGAGCGAACGGCCGCAGGAAUAAUCUCCUCGUCCUAGGCCAUUCCAGACGUGUAGGUCAGGAGCAAUCAGUUUGGGAUAGCACUGUCAUCGCUACGGAUAGGAUACGCUAAGAGUGGUAUGACUACUUUGUUUCUCGCCAAGGAAACCAAACGCCAAACGCCCCAGAAGUCGUAAGAAAAGACGUUGAGAAAGUAACGACGGGCUCA